AUGCCUAAGGACAAAGGCCAAAAUAAGGGCGAGGAAGCCCCCAAUGCCAGAGCCAGGAACCAUGCUGCGCAAAAGGCUGAACACAGUGAAAUGGGCCCUUCUGAACUUUUGAGUGAACACAUGGACUCUGUUGGCAACCCCGUUCCUGAGCCAACUUGGGGCCCUACAAAGAAUCAGCCUAACGAAGAAUCGGACUUGGUUGAGGCGAUGAACGCGGAGACUUCGGAGUUUGAUGUCUGA